GUAUAAAAAGUGCCGGCCGGCGAGCGACUGGCAUCAGUUUGCAAGCUUUCAGCUUUGUGGCACAGCGUAUCCCAGCGAACUCUAACCCGUUAAACCAAGCAAAAAGCAACUAGCAUUACAACAGUGAAGGUAAAUCGCAUUGAAGAUACAUACAUAUCAACAUGAGCGAGUUGUCCAGACUGCAGCAGCAGCAGCAGCAGGAUCAGGAUCGGGAGCGUGUUUCCCAAGAGCUGAUCGACUGCGAUAUUGACUUUGAGGAGGUGGCGGCCUCCAAGGUGGGGGAGGAGGCCAGGAUGCCACCCAGUUCCAAGCGAUACACCAAAGCCCUGAAGAUGGUGACCAAGGUGCAGCGCAUGCUGGAGCAGGCCAUGAUCCUGCUGGCCGAGGAAGAGGCCAGGUGCCGGCAGCAGGAGCAGGAACAGGGCUCCAAAAAGACCAAGAAGCAGCUGAAAAAGAAGGCCAAGAAGGACAAGAAGAAGGCCAAGAAGCAGGCCAAGCAGCAGGCCAAGCAGCAGGCCAAGCAGCAGGGCACGAAACAGGCGGAGGAGCAGACGGCGGCUGGCGAGGAGCCCUCCAACACCUCCAGCUCCAGCUCUUCCAGCUCCAGCUCUUCCAGCUCCAGCUCUUCCAGCUCCAGCUCGUCCAGUUCCAGCUCCUCCAGUUCGAGCUCCGGCUCCGAGGAAGAAGAGGUAUUCUACAACGGUUACGACUGGGCCAGCAAUCCUUGGCGCCGAGGACCACAUGGCCAUCACGGCUUCGGUCGACGUCUGGGGCACGGUUUUGGCCACAAGCAUGGUCGCAAGCAUGGCCACAAACAUGGUCACGGGCCGCAUCAUCAUGGCCGACAUGGACAUUAUGGACGGCCUCACCACCACCAUCUGCAUGGACACCACUUCGGGCCCCAUUUUGGACCCCACGCUGGGCCCUCUCCCUUUGACUUCGAUCGGAGAUCCUUUCGCGGACCUUGGCAGGAUCAGUGCCAGUUUUUUCGGUGGAUGGGCCUGCCGUGGGCCCUGGACAAUGCCGCGGCCAGUUGGAGGAGCCACUCGCUGCCUAGACUAUCUAGGGGCGACUGUCGUGGAGAUCUCGGAUUCGGAUUCGGACCAGGAUACGGAUACGGAUAUGGCCAACCGUGUUCACGACAUGACUGUCGACUAGAGAGAUCUCUUUCCCGUUCAACUUCCGGUUCGCUGGAAAGGAAGCACUGCCGCAAGCCGAGGUCCAGUUCCAGUUCCAGCUCUAACUCCAGUUCUUCCUCGGAGGAUGAGAAGAAGAGGCAGAAGUGCAAGGGCAAGGGAAAGGGCAAGGGCAAGGAGAAGAGAAGAAGGCAGCGCUCCUCCUCCAGCUCCUCAUCGAGCUCCAGCUCCAGCUUCGAUGGCGAAGUGCAGAAGAGGCACCACCGACGCGGGCAUCAUUUCGGACCGCCCCAUGGCCAUCACUUUGGACCGCCCCAUGGCCAUCACUUCGGACCUCCACAUGGCCAUCACUUUGGACCUCCACAUGGCCACCACUUUGGUCCGCGCCAUGAAGGUUACCGUCCCCAUCACGGCGGACACCAUGGCCAUCACUUUGGUCCUCAUCACGGUCCAUUUGCCGGACGACAUGGCCCCCAAUUCGGACCAUUCUCUGACUAUCCCCAAAGAGAAUCCAGUGAAGGACCACGUUUUGAGCACCAGCCCCGUCCGGAGUUUCAUGGACCACCACCAGCCGAGUUCCCAGGUCGUCGCAGUCGUUCUCUGUCUCGAUCCCACUGCCGCAAGGACAAGCUGGAGAGAUUCCCAUCGUGUGCCGAAGACAAGGACGCAAAAGUCGAGAAGGACGAGCGCAAGAAGGGCAAAAAGAAGCACGGAAGGCGCGCUCAUAGACAUGGACAUGGACAUGGACACCAUCGUGGUUAGGCAAUCGCAGCCAGCGAUUAAGAUGCAUUAAGAUUCCUUCAAUACAACCUCCCAUACAUAUAA